CACACCGACACUUACGCAUUUACUCUAACGCUACCGAUGGAAGUACUUACUUUGUCAUCCGGCAAAGACUAGAAACAUAAUUAUUGUGAUCACCUCGCUGACGAAAGGCGACGUUUCUUGGCGAUCCCAAUCUCUUUGCAAGUAGCAGCAGAGCACUGCAGUCUUGGUAGAGGCAAGGAGAGAUCAGAGAGCUGACGGAGAACUGCAGAGUCGGUUGGAUGCCUUGUUGCGCAAACGUUGAGUGUGAUCCAUUUCUGCGGUUUCUACCUAUUCCAGACACCCUCACCAUUGAGCAGCAUGCAUAGUUGUGGGAAUCCGCCUGGCUGUUUAUGCCUCGCUGUGCUGUUGCUUUGUUUCGUGAUCUCCUCCGAAGCAACCCACUUCCGAGGCGGCAUUAUUUCUUGUGGACCAAAUCCUAGCAGCAAUGGCGGAUUCGAUGACAACGGCAAUGUGGUGCUGCAAUGUGACUUUCGAAUUGCAUGGAGAUUAUCGGCAUACUGCCAAUGGCAAGGUUUGUACUGCAAUCCAACCGAUAUAGACCCAAGCAUACCUUUGCUAGGUCCGGGUGGAGCAAGUUACUUACGCUGUACGGAAGGGUGUAGUGGCAACUUCAAGGACUUGCAGUACUACAGCACCGAGUAUAGCCCCAAAGAAGAAGAGGAUUGGUCUCAAGGUGGACGGAUAUUUAACUACACGUUUUCCGGUGCCCCUGCCCGAUUCAGAGCCAGUUAUGAGGGCUGCUGCUGGAUCAGUACACUGGUCCGGUACAGAGACACGGGCUGGGUAUGGCCCUUCAGCAUGAAUCUAACUCAACGCACGGACACGGGCAUGAUCAACCAUAGUCCUCGUUCAGCACAGAUCCCCAUCGUCCGAAUGCAGUACGGUUGUGGCCAAAACCUGUCGAUCCACACGGACGAUCCAGACAAUGACAUUGUGAGGUGCAGAUGGUGUAAAGAUUACUCAGAGUGCGGCGGAGUAUUUCCUCCGCUUUUCAAUGCCAUUCUGAUAUCGAAUCCCUGCACCAUUAUGAUUCCACCCACGCUAGAAACAGGAACCAGCCAUUACCAUGCCGUGGCGAUUGUCUUGGAAGACUUUGUGCUGUCAGAUCCGAAUGGCCCCGCUCUUAGUCAGGUUCCUCUCCAGUUCUUAUUAGAUGUUUACAAGUCAAACGUGGCAUGCACCACUCGCCCAGAAUUUGCACCUCCCAGUCCCGUCGACAAGAGAUGUAUUCCCAUCAAGCCGGGCACCCAGUAUAAUGCCACGCUCAGGGUCAGGGAAACUUCGCAGUUUAACAGAAUCAGAGACUUCACUUUGACAUCACCGAUUGGCAUGGUAAAGGGCCCUAUCAGGCAGUUAAGUGAGAACGGAGCCUUUUACAGUGAGAUCUGGGUGAAGUGGACACCGAACCGUGCACAGUAUGGACAGCAUGUACUCUGCUGCCUAGCGGAAGAUUCUCAGGGGCAAACAACUCCUCAAAUAUGUGUCACACUGCUGGCGGGUGCAAGUGCCCCCGAGAUCAUCCCAGGCACCGCGGAGCCCAGUAUGUCACGCGGGAAAACAGCACCGUAUGUUCGCGCAACGUUUUCUGUUGACUUUGACCAGCAGAUCCUCAGGCCGUUGCAAGGUACCACGGCUGCCAUUCGCAUCAAUGAGGUGAAGAAUGGUACAGUGGUUAGACCAGCCGUGUUCUCCCUUAGUCCACACGACGCCAUCCUGAAACAGCACCCGCUUUAUCUAAACCACUAUCAGCUUAUAUUCUACGUCACAACGAAGCUGAAGAUUGAUGCAACAUAUUCCAUUACCAUGGACAAUGGUUUCGUGGUAGGGCAGCAAAGCUGUACAGGCGGAGGGGCGCCAUUUUUCGGCAUCCAGGACCCGAAUAGAUGGCAAUUUGUUGCCGACCACACAGUUGGAAACAUAUCUGAUUGUGGACGAAACUCUUCACAAUUCUUUACAUAUGGCACAAGGGUGAAUGACACACAGCUUUUGCUUGGCAAUGGAACAUCAUGCGUCACAAGGCAACUGGCAAACUCGGCCAAUGGAUUUCCGAUCAAUGACACCCAGCAUAACAAAGUGACAAUCUGUGAGAAUGGAGUGAUUAUGCUGGAUCAAGACCAACCCAUUCGCCAUCCCCAGGUGUUCCCAGGAAACUGGACCACACAGCCAACAAUUCUGGCACCCUACUGGUGCUUGGCUGACAACUCGUACUCCAAGAAUCUUCCAGAUGGUCUCAGAUCUCAUGUCUGGUAUCAUUUCUACGACAGGCAGGUGUCCUCGGAGAAGGCAAUGCUGGAGGAAAUAGAGAGCUUGAUCCUUGCUAAAGAGAGGAAAACUGACAAAUCAUUCUACUUCACCGCAACAUGGGCAGCAAUUGUAACAUGGGAGAGGAUCACACCCUACCCAAGCCUCUACAAGUACCAACUGCAUAACACAUUUCAAGCUGUCAUGGCAACAGACGGCCUGCGAUCCUACACCACGUUCGCCUACGAUGUCAACUCCAUCCAGUGGUCGAUUCCAGUGCUGCGUAACCCACGGGUCACGUACGGUCAUUCCGUAAUGGGCUAUUCAACGCCGGAGCAAUAUUACAAUGACAGGCGGUCAGGCACCUUCAGAAUCAGUGGCAUCGAUGAUCAAGUGGACUCCGCCAACCAAUACCUCUUCCAGCAAGCGUGCACUGAAGGAGCCAUGUAUAUCUUCAGGCUAUACAAAGGUGUCAUUGAUGGUCCAAGGGCAAAGUGCCUUCGGUGGUACGCAUCUCAACCGGACCCAAGGACAUGGAUGAAAUACUUCAAUCCUUGUCCACAGAUCCUUGCGCAAGCUCAAGCCGACUCCCGAUUUCAACUCAUUCGGGAACUUUCCCCGCGGACGUGCUUCCAGAAUUCUGUCCCAUCCAUCACUGGUUCAUCUCAGGAGUGCUGUUAUCGAACACUGCCCUUGGGAUACGGGGCAUUCCUUGAAGGUCCACCUGAUGGUGGUAACUCAGUACGCUUCUCUUGGCUGAGCUUUGAGCCGACUACAGUCAGCUCCGAGGAGACCCUGCCACGGCAAUGGUGCUGUGAGGACUCAGCUCUCUGUCACCUGUACUGGGAGAAACGACCUAGUCAGUCUAGCAUCGCCUAUUCUAGGCAGAGUCUUGGAACUGUUGCUCUUCCGAUCAUCCGCACUACACCCGGAGGACAGUAUACAAUGUUUCAAAGAGGCAACUUCCUACUGGUGGAUAGUCCUGGGUAUUUCCGGUGUGAAAUUGUGAUUUCAGAGACCAGUGGGGACGGGCCUCAACAGGUCACCAGCAUUGGCAUGCAGGGAAACAGCACUGACCAGUGCGUAGCCGGUGUGUCUUCUGAGGGUGCACUCUCCUUCACUGUUAAUGGUCAACCGUUGAGUAACAAAGUGUUCAAAGUGUUCAGUGACGACGGCGUCAGCAUCACUUACGAGUGUCUGCAGUGGAAUCGAAACUGCACCAGGGUUCCGAGCAACAGUACGACCGCUCCGCGGCCGACACCGAUUGGCAUCAGCGCUCAUAACGGCUUCAGCGUCAUAGUGCACAAUCGCACUCACGGCAGCGUGGUGUUUGAAAGUGGCUUCUCGGUCAACCUUGUCCUCUUUCCGCACAGGAGAACCAUUGCUGUCACAGUCGGCUGUCCACAAAGCCUUCUGAAUAGCAGCCGAGGUCUCUUAUUCAUAGAUGGACCGUCUCUACUGCCAAUACAGGGCGAUGCAAUUAAUAGAUGGAAAUUGAACUGCAGUGCACUACAAUUAGCCAAGGAUCCACGCUGUGCAUCAAAUGGUACCAGUACCAUGUCACCCACCACAACGAGCAGUCCAACAACCCUGCCACCUGAGUAUUAUGAUGACUUCUGGCCGCAGGUGAACGAAACAUGCAAAUCAUGCAAGUUCAACAACGCUCUGUGCCACCUGGUGGCAAAUAUCACCAGAGAUCUCAACUAUACCAAAGAGCUGAUGCGCAUCAUAGGGUGCGGUGAAGUUGUCAAUCCAAUCCGGGUGAAUACAACAUCUCCCGUGUUUAUAUACUCGGGAGGCCUAUUGACAGUGGACCUCUCCAAUGUCACACUGGAUAAAAGCUCAUAUCGGGUUGAGCGAAUACCAGCCAAGAACUCUUCGUUCUCAGAUGAACGAACAAGCACCCGGCCUGACAUCUUUGUUCUGGCAGUGGACUUCAAUGUGAAAGCCACCAAUCUACAGUUCCUGAUUAUUUCUCCAGAAACCUCCGCCACCGUGCUCAUUCGUCCAAUUGUCUACAUUCGCAACUGCAACAGCGGGGGAAACGUCUCCCAUGCCACAUUCUCCUCGCGCAGUUCAGAGCGGACGCGCAUCCAUGCAUGCGAGUGCCCUCCUGCAUACGCUGGUGAAUUCUGCGAGGAUGAUCGGGACGGGUGUAAGGCGGCGUAUCAACCCUGCUCCGACGGCGUGGACUGUUUCGACAAGCCUGCGCCGGACACUGGCUACCUGUGUGGCGCCUGUCCUCCUGGUUUUACUGGAGUCGGAAAGAGCUGCCUAGAUCUUGAUGAGUGCAGGAACCGGUCAUCUUCACCAUGUCAGCAGGUCUGUGCCAACACACAGGGCAACUAUACAUGCGCAUGCAACGCUGGCUUUGCUCUGAAUCCUGAUGACAAGACGUGUUCUGAUCUCAAUGAGUGCACUCUCAAUACUGAUGACUGCGAGAAAUUCUGCAACAACACGCAAGGAUCAUAUCAAUGUUAUUGUGAUGUGGGCUUUGCUCUCAACGGAAGCAGCCGUUGCUCGCCCAUCCGGCCCUGCAAGAAUAACGGUGGCUGUGAACAGCUCUGUGUGCAGGAUCUAACAUCACACACUGCUAUUUGCAGUUGUCAAAGGGGCUACACGUUGGAUACUGCCAUACAUGGGAAAUGCAAUGAUAUUGACGAAUGCCACGGUGCAUCGGCAUGUUCGGAUAUAUGCCAGAAUACCAAUGGUUCUUUUCUGUGCCACUGCUCAUCUGGAUAUACUCUCGCAACCGACAAAGUAACAUGUGAAGGUGAGCCCCACGUGCACAUGCUUACCGGCAUCUCCAGUACCGUGAAAGUCUGCAAAUAAGUGCUGCUUUUUUUCGGAGUAUAGGCCGCACUUUAAUCACUUGUAAUCCAUCCAAAAAAAG